AUGGUCGAUGACGCACCGCUCGUAAUGCUCAACGAGAAGGACUUCUACGAGACCGUGCGCGUCAUUUUUGACAGUCCAUACGAAGCUUCCUGCAGCAUUUUCAUGAUGAUCAUUGGCCUACCUGAUUUUGCUAGUCUCGGUGUUAUGCAGAACCUGAAAAUCAUGGCUCACCACCUGCUCGCUGUCGAGAAGUUUCCCUCGACCAAUCGUCUGAGCGCUUUUCUCAAGAAGAACGGCCAACGCAUCCCUUCAGAUCGCGCAGUCACGGAUCUCGAAUUGGCACGAAGAUAUCUGAGUGAGAAAGCCGUAAAAACGUAG